CAUUUUUGUUGACAUUAAAAAAAACUUAUCGUUUCGUCAGUGCUUGUGUGUGAUUGUGGUCGCAAUUUUAAUUUCAGCAGUGAUAAAAAUAUACAUAUUCGUUCAUUUAAUAAAUCUUGUGUCUGUGUGUUGUGCUCGAAGUGCAGUUCACCCUGACACCGUAAGGUAAAUCAGUAAAAACGGCUACCGAUAAGCUGAACAGUUCGGAUCAACCAAACUACAACACGAUGUAUCAAAAUCAAGGCGGCUACCCUCAAGGUGGGUAUCCCCCGCCCGGCGGUUAUCCCGCUCAGGGCGGGUACCCGGCUCAAGGCGGGUACCCAGCUCAAGGCGGGUACCCGGCUCAAGGCGGGUACCCGGCACCAGGUGGAUACCCGGCACCAGGCGGGUACGCUCCACCACCGCAGCCUGGGUUCCAACCGGCAGGGUAUGGUGGCGCUGGAUAUGGCGAGGUGAGCAUAAUUAAUAUUAUUGGUAACUUAAUUUUUAAAACAGUAGCAAUAAGGUUCUGGAAUGGAGACCACGUACCGGCAAUCGCAGAGUGGGUCGUCCACCUCGUCCAACAAGGUGGAUAGUUUAUAAAACACAGA